GAGCGGCGGGAGCGGGACCGGCACCGACACCGGGACCGCCAGCGGGAUCGGGGAGCGACACCGCGAUCGGCGCCGGGGCCGGCAUCGGGGAGCGGCACCGGGGGCGGCGGCGGCGCCUGACGGGGGAGCGGCGGCUCCGCAGGCGCGGCCUGAGGCGCUGGGCCCAGCGCUCCCGCUCGCUCCGGGCGGCCUCAGCGGCCCCGGCGGCCUCAGCGUCCCCGUUAGCUCCGCGCCCAGCCCCGCGCGGCCCGCAGCGCCGGGAGGAUGUCGCGGCCCGUCAGGAACAGGAAGGUGGUGGAUUACUCCCAGUUUCAGGAAUCAGAUGAUGCUGAUGAUGAUUAUGGAAGAGAUUCAGGUCCCCCAUCCAAGAAAAUCCGCUCAUCUCCCCGAGAGGCGAAAAACAAGAGGAGAUCUGGGAAGAAUUCUCAGGAGGACAGUGAGGAUUCAGAAGACAAAGAUGUGAAGACUAAGAAAGAUGAUUCACACUCAGCAGAUGAAGAUUUUGGCAGUGAAGACGAUGACGUAGGAGCCGACGACGGCAAAGCCGACAGCGACUACGAGAGCUCCCAAAAAAGCAAAAAAGGAAAGAAAGCUAAACCAGACAAGAACAAGAGAGCAGCCUCCAAAUCCAGGAAAAGGCCUGCAGAGGACAGCGAGGAUGAGAAGGAAGAUCACAAAAAUGUUCGUCAGCAGCGGCAGGCGGCGUCCAAAGCAGCCUCCAAACAGAGGGAGAUGCUCAUGGAUGAUGUGGGCAGUGAGGAGGAAGAGCAGGAGGAUGAUGAGGCACAGUUCCAGGAGACAGAUUCAGGAAGUGAUGAAGACUUCCUCAUGGAAGAUGAUGAUGACAGUGACUAUGGCAGUUCAAAAAAGAAAAACAAGAAGGUCUCCAAGAAAUCCAAGCCAGAGAGGAAAGAAAAGAAAAUGCCCAAGCCCAGGCUAAAGGCUACAGUGACCCCCAGCCCAGUGAAAGGCAAAGGGAAGGCAGGUCGCCCCACAGCUUCCAAGGCAACAAAAGAAAAAACCCCAUCCCCAAAAGAAGAGGAUGAAGAGCCUGAAAGUCCCCCAGAAAAGAAAAAAUCAGCCAGCCCUCCACCAGAAAAGUCAGGGGAUGAGGGAUCUGAAGAUGAAGCACCCUCUGGUGAAGAUUAAAAUGGCAGUUGAGGAAAAAAAAUCUUUGUUUAAAAAAAAAAAAGAGGAAAAAAAAAAAAGAAAA